AUGAACGCGAUCGACGCUCGUAUGCAGCCACAAGAUGGCCAGCGGCGUCAGCACCGCCACUUCGAGGAUGCGCCUGCUAACGGCUACACACCUCUGCCUGGCACCGGGAAUUUCUUGAUGUCAGAUGCGCAAGAUGCAUUCACAUUUUCGGCGGAGCCAACAGCCAUGGCCUAUGACAACUCGACGAUGACUCUCCCAUCGUCAAGCACGCCAGGUCAUGAUUCAGCAUUCACUCCCAACCUCGACUCCUCCUUCGACUCUACCCUCCACCCUGACAUGGUCAGUCGCUCAUACCCUCCACUCAAUGCCUAUAGUCAAGGACAGAACCUUUCUGCCGGAACCUACGCCAAUCUCGGCCCAGCUACAUCGCCGUCACACUCGGCAGAGCAUCUCAGCCCUGAGCCGGGGUACGCAAGUGACCUCAACCAGCAAAACCCGAGCAACUAUACGACGCCAAGCUUCAAUAGCCAAUAUCUUGAUGAGUCGUUCUCAAAUCUGAACUUCACUGAAGACCCCACCACCACUACCGCCUUCCCUACGUACCAAGCAGACGUGGACAUGUCGCUCUUGACGUCGGGCUCGUUGAACACAUACAACGCUCAACCGCACAUGUUGCCGACGAACGGGACAUUCUUCCACCAACAUCAGUUGAUGUCGCCUAGCAUAACGAACACUUCCAGUCCUGCGAUGGGAAAUGACAGCUCAAUAUUCAUGGCAACGCAAUUUCCUGAUGACGGCCAAAGCUCCUUCACGCCGCCUAGCCAAAUAAGUCACUUGCUGCACAAGAUACCCAGGAACCCUUUGCAGAGUCCGCCUCUGAUGAACAGUCCUGGACACGUGUCAAUGGCAAGUCCUCGUCCGCUCACACGGCACAUGACAAGUCCUAUCGUACGAGUAGAGAACUACAGCAGGGAAGAGUCUCCCUCAUAUUCGGACAACAGCAGAGGCUUUAGCAGACGAAGCCUCAGUAGCCGGCGAUCCGGCAACCACCUCUCGCCAUACCCACAGAAUGACUCGUCCGACGAAGAAGAAGAAUCACAUGAACAAUUGCACGUUCAGGCCGUGUAUCGAGAAACGGAACGCAAUGAGGAUGGCUCUUGGUUAGGUACAGCUGGUCCGGGCCAGGCUGGACUAAGCCCUAUGGAUCGUCAAGCGAUGGGAGAUAUGUUGGUACCCAGUCUUGACGAGAUUGCAGAGCGUAGGACAAAAAUGGAGAAGAAGCUCGAAGUACAAGAUUGGUUGACAAAGAGCGAGGUUGGAAGCGAAACAGGAGAUUUCGCUACAUCGAGCAGCUUUCUCAAACCCCACACCGGACGUCGUCGCGCCAAAAGCCAGAACGAUGCCAAUCGCCAAGCUCUCCAUGGCAGUUUCGGACUCGACGUACGCAGCAGUUUUGACACCUUUAAUGCCACCAACAUACCCGGACCUGGCAGAUACAUCAUCGAGCAAAGCGAAUGUGGCGAUGACGACGAAGAAGAAGAGGAAGACAAUAGUUCCGACUCACCACCAGCCUCCGUUAAUAUGCAAGCAGACCAAACAGAAAGCUCGUACUUCCCUGCUACCCGAGAGUCCAGCUCCACCACUGAUGCUAUCGUGCAGCCAUGGAUGGACGUGCCAGUGCAGCCACCGGCAACAUCAAGCCACUAUCAGCCCCCCACGUCCAAUGCUGCAAUGAUGCGCUUUCGACAGCGAGCCAAGGAUGUCGAAUCCGCAUCACUUGCUGCCACCGUUGGAUCACGCCGGCUGAGUGAGCCGGAUCUUGCCAGUAUUCGUGGGUCGCCUGGUGUUGUUCGACGCAUAGAGCCUGAGCCCCGUAAGAGCGAUGACAGGCAGCGCCGUCCAAACUUCUUACGCAAUAUCAGGCGUACUCCAAGUAACCUGCUCAAGCGCAAAGGCAGUGUGCCUGCACAACAAACUUUGGAUAUGACGUCAGACCAGUCUAAGGAUCUUGUCUUUGAGAAGCCAAAGCGGAUUGGAAGCUGGGGACGUCCCAAGUCUCCGAGAGCUAACACCAACCUCAGCGACAAAAGUAAAGACGGCGUCCCAUCUAGUUCUCUAGGUGUCUCUGCGACUUCAGGUCCAUGGUAUCAAGGAGCAAAGAACGUCAUCAAGCGAAGUCGUAGUCGAAGUGACAUUGGCCGAAGCAGAGGCGAUUCUGGAAAGUCAUUUGGCUUGGCUGAGCUUAUGACCCAGCACGGUGGACCGCCCAUGCCUAUGCUUGCUUCGCCUCUUGCAGAUACGGAAGGGAUGAAGCAGUCCGUGCACCCAGGUCUUGGUGCGGAUGAAGACGACGACGACGAUCAAGAGGCAAUUACGAUGGACCUCAAAGUGCGCACAGAUCCUAUCAUUCCUAAUCAAGAAGGAUUCCGUACACACGCUCGCCAACUGAAUCCUCGUUUGGCUGACUUCAUGGUUGAACGCAUCGCUCAGGAACAGAUCAGAAGAUACAAAAGACUGCUUGAGUUCCGAGUGAAGCACAUUAAUGUCGUACAGAAUAGAAACUGCGCGUCCGGGAAGUUCUGUACAGAGCUAGGUGGUGAAGCAAAACAGCUGCCCCCCAAAGCUGGCAACAAAGACCAUGACGCACCAUUCCUUGGUUUCCAGAUUACAACUCCAGGUGAGGAGGAGGACGAUGCUGAGCUUCCACCAGAAGGCACGGUCGUGGCUGCGCAAUUCCCCUCGGGUGUUCCUCUGCCGCCUGUCAAGCGCCUUCCAGCUGAAUUCGAAUGUCCGCUGUGCUUCAAAGUGAAGAAGUUUUUCAAACCGUCUGACUGGACAAAGCAUGUACACGAAGACGUUCAGCCUUUCACGUGCACCUUCCCUAAUUGUCAGGAACCCAAGUCGUUCAAGCGCAAAGCUGACUGGGUUCGGCAUGAGAAUGAACGUCACCGACAGCUGGAGAAUUGGACCUGCAACAUCUCUGACUGCAACCAUACGUGCUAUCGUAAGGACAAUUUCGUACAACACCUGGUCCGAGAGCACAAGAUUGCUGAGCCAAAGCAGCGGACUGGACGAGGGUCCAACAAGGAUCCGCCUGCAAGCAGCGAUGCCGAAGAUGUAUGGGCUGUUGUUGAAAGAUGUCGCCGCGAUACAACGAAGCAACCCAAGGAUGAGCCUUGUCGAUUCUGUGGCAACAUCUGCAACAGUUGGAAAAAGCUCACUGUUCAUCUGGCGAAGCAUAUGGAGCAGAUCAGCAUGCCUAUACUCCCGCUGGUCGAACAGAAGCUCCUCAACGCCGAUACCAUCAUCAGCCCUGUACAGGAGUUCCCAGACACACGCAAGCUAUCAGCCGUGUUUUCCAGAAAGCCUGUUCCUAGCCCCUUACAGCCGAGCCCCAACACGACUUUUGGGCCAGGUAUCAAUCCUUUUAGACCGCACGAUCCAAGCGAGGCAGCGGCCAAUGUAGUGCACUCGUACCCUCCACCCCAAAUGGUGGCACCGCAGCAAAGUGGGUACGCGGCCUACGCUGCAAACAACAUGCAUUAUACGAAUCAGACCUAUCCCGGAACCCCAAACCCCCCCAAAACCCCCAUGGUGUAUACCAACGAGUUCCCGUUGCAGGACCCGUCGUACGUGAACAUGGGCCCCGUGUCUGCGAUUCAACAACAGGAGCAGGCCAUGUUCACAAACUCUCCGACGGAGACGACUGCUUUCCCCAGCUACUUGGCUCCUGACCAGCAGAACAUGAUGGGUGGGCGUUUCGAUGCAGCGAUGCAGAUGCAGUAUCAGCAGCAGGCGGCCACGGGGACCUACCAGGCUAUGGACUAUUUGACGAACCAGCAGCAGCAAAACUAUCAAUAUCAAGGAUAG